AAGGUAAUUGAAACCAACCCUAAGCUCAUUUAAUCUCUGCUCUAUAGGUAGCCCCGAUUAUUGCUGACUUAAGCAUCGGAGUGUCUACCCCGAGAUCCAUCUCGGGGCUUUGCAGGUUAAUCCGGAGCACAGAUGUGGACUGAAGAAGGGCUUCUGGUCCCUAGCAACCUCCCACCUCAGCUUCCACCUCCAAUCCCAAAUAUGUUCCCUCUUGUUGAUCAUGUAGAAGGAGGAGAUGAAAACCAACCUCAUAACUCAGCUCACAACUCAACUUCCACCGCCAACCAAGACGUAGUUGCAGCUCAGCUUGCUGCCAUGCAACAACAGUUUGGUGUUUUUCAGUUAGUAUUGGCUCAGCUCUUAGCUCGGAAUAACCCUGAUAGCUUAGAAAAGCUAGUGGUUGAACAGCGAGGUGCCCCACCUCCACACCAUCCUGCUGACUCCAUACCCCACCCUCUGAACACCAACAUCACUCUGGAACCCUACCCCGCUGGCUUCAAGAUACCACAACUUGAGACUUAUGAUGGGACAAAGGAUCCCGAUGAUCACCUACAUGCUUUCUACUCUUGCAUGCAAGCUCAGAACGUUUCUGACACGUUGAUGUGCAAAAUCUUCCCCUCUACUCUCCGAGGAAAUGCUCGAACUUGGUAUUACAGUAUACCUCUGAGGUCGAUCAGCUCUUAUACCGAAAUGGCAUCUGCUUUUGCCACUAAGUUUUCCAAUAGAAGGUUGGUCAGGAAAACUACUUCUGAGUUGAUGCGAGUUAAACAGAGGGACGGAGAAUCUCUGAAGAACUAUAUGAGUAGAUUCAAUGAUGCAGUAUUGGAGGUUAGUUCCUUCGACCAGGCUGUGGGGAUUGCAGCUGUGAUCUCAGGUCUUAAACAUGAUAGGUUCCGAGACAGUUUGAUCAAACACCCUGCCACCACCUUUAGUGAGGUGAAUGAUAGGUCUUUGAAAUUUAUAACUGUUGAGGAAUAUGCCCUAUCGCAGAACCCAACUCCCUAUAAGAACCAAAACUUAGACUGGAGAGAUGAGAAUCCGAGCAGGAAAAGGAUGAGGAUGGCACAGAACCGAGUUGUUACACCCCACAAUGAUCCUUUAGUCACUUCUGUCAUGAUUAACAAUUGUGAAGUACAACGUGUCCUUGUUGAUAUUGGGAGUGCACCAGACAUCAUGCACUUCCAUUGUUUUGAGAGUCUUGGAUUGGAUCCAGCAUUGUUGCAGAGAUAUGAUGGUCCCAUCUAUGGUUUCAACAACCAGCCAGUUCAAGUUGAAGGAGUUCUUACCCUCCAUGUUGCUUUUGAGAGUGGCCAAACCUAUGUGACUCCCUCAGUCCGGUUUCUAGUAGUCAAGAUGGCAUCUUCUUUCAACGUUGUUAUUGACCGACCCAUACUGACUGAAAUCCGAGCUGUGGUUUCCCAGUCUCACCUAUGCAUGAAGUUCCCAACUCCUAUGAGAAUAGCAACACUGCGAGGCAACCAGGAGGUGGCUAGACAUUGCUAUAUCACCUCGGUAAAACAACCUAAGAAGGGCAAAGAUCAAACACCCGAGGUCAUCCCCCAACGAAUUCCUGAUAAUCAACAAGUCAUGGGUGUUGAAAUAGUAGAUAAUCAACCAGACGAUGAAACCAGGGUUGCUCCAGUCGAAGAUGUCGAGGAAGUGCAUAUUGAUGACAGAGAUCCAAGCCGAAAGACGCAAAUCGGAACUCGAUUGAACCCGGAAGAAAGAGCAGAGCUAAUAGCUUUUCUCCGAGCUAACAAUGAUGUCUUCGCAUGGACUUCGGUAGACAUGCCAAGAAUUCCAACGUCAAUAUCUCAACAUAAGCUCAACACCAAUCCACUCAAGAAACCAGUGGCCCAGAAGCGACGCCUCUUUGGGGGGGAGAGGUUAAAGCAAAUGGCAAAUGGCAAAUGGCGGAUGUGCAUCGAUUACACUAACCUCAACCAGGCAUGUCCAAAAGACUGUUACUCAAUGCCAAAUAUUGACAAGCUGGUUGAGGCAGCUUCCGGAAACGAGAGAUUAAGUCUCUUGGAUGCAUACUCUGGUUACCACCAAGUUCCAAUGGCUCCUGAAGAUGAAGAAAAAACCUUGUUCUAUGCCGGCGAUGAGAUCUAUUGCUAUGUGAUGAUACCUUUCGGCUUGAAGAACGCAGGUGCCACUUACCAGAAGAUGGUUACCAUCGUAUUCCGAGCUCAAAUAGGCCGAAAUCUGGAAGUUUAUGUUGAUGAUAUAAUGGUGAAGAGUUUGAAAGCUGAAAAUCACUUAAUCGACCUCGAGGAGACAUUCAACAAUCUCAGAAAGAACAAAAUGAGGUUAAAUCCAGCAAAGUGCAUCUUCGGCGUGGAGUCUGAAAAAUUUCUAGGUUUCAUGGUGUCCAGAAGGGGGAUUGAGGUUAACCCCGAGAAGAUCAAAGCAGUAGCCGAGAUGGAACCACUGAAGUCAGUGACAGAUGUACAGCGGUUGACAGGGAGAGUCGCAGCUCUUCAUAGAUUCAUCUCGAAAUUAGCAGAUAAAUGCCUGACGUUCUUCAAGAUUAUGAGAUUGGUAGCCCAGAAGGAUGAAUCUGGCAAACAGAAGAAGUUCGAAUGGAAUUCAAAAUGCCAAGCUACUUUUGACGAGCUGAAGUCUUAUCUUAGCUCACCCCCUUUGCUGAUAAAGGCCAAUGAUGGAGAAAUCCUUUACCUGUACCUCGGCAUAUCAGAUGAAGCCAUCAGUUCUGUGCUAGUCAGAGAAGAGGGAAAGCAACAGAAGCCAGUUUACUACACUAGUAGCGUGUUACAUGGAGCUGAAAUCAGAUAUUCUAUUGCUGAGAAAGCAGCCCUAACAGUUAAGCCAGAAUGCUCAAGAAGAUUGAUCAAAUGGGCAGUUGAACUGGGAGAAUUUGAGAUAACAUUCCAGCAGAGGUCAGCAAUCUGGGCUCAGGCUCUUGCAGAUUUCAUAGUAGAAUGCACCUCGGCUCGCUCUGGUUCCCAGUCCGAGCUGGAUAGCUGGAUUCUGUAUGUUGAUGGAGCAUCAAGUAACAAAGGUUCUGGCGCUGGUGUGAUCCUACUUGGCCCAGAUGGAUCAGUCUUCGUCAAAAUUCUGGACGAGCCUAGCUUCGUAAAGCCAAAAAUGAUGGAGAUCAGCACAGAUCCUAACACACCAAGCUGGACAGAUCCAAUUAUCUCACUUCUACAAGAUGGCACAGUGCCUACAGAUAAACAGGAAGAAAUGAGGUUGAGGAAGAAAGCAUCUCGGUACACCCUUGUUAAUGAAGUUCUCUACAAGAGAUCUUUCUCACUCCCUCUGCUCUGCUGCUUGAACCCUUAUGAAGCUGAGUACGCACUUCGGGGGGUACAUGAAGGUGUCUGCGGAAGUCACAUUGGUGCUCUAACUUUGGCUCAUAAAGUCCUUAGACAAGGAUAUUACUGGCCCAACAUGUAUAAAGAUGCCACACAAUUCGUACAGAGGUGCCAGAAAUGUCCAUUUAUGAAGGGGGUAGGAGGUGUAACCCAUUUGAUUGUUGGUGUGGAUUAUUUUACGAAAUGGGUGGAAGCUCGGCCAUUAUCCAGUCUUACCUCUAAGAAGGUCGAAGACUUUGUUUUCAGCUCAAUCAUUUGCAGAUAUGAGAUCCCGAAUCGAAUUGUGGCUGAUAAUGGAACUCAGUUCAACUGCUCUUCUUUUAGAGAUUUCUGCUCUAGUUAUGGAAUCAAAUUACAGUUCAUCUCGGUGUACCACCCGGAAUCUAAUGGGAUGGUAGAAUCUGUCAACAAGGUUAUACUCAAGGGGAUAAAACCCAGGUUAGAGUUGCACAAGGCCAGGUGGGCAGACAAGCUCAACAACGCCCUCUGGGCAUACAGAACCACGAGCCGAACUGCUACAGGUGAAACACCCUACCAUCUAGCCUUUGGUACCGAAACAGUCAUUCCUAUCGAGAUAGGAGUCCCAAGCUUCAGGGUCACCCAUUUCGAUGAAGGACGAAAUGGAGAACUGCUUCGGGAGAACCUUGAUUUGCUUGAUGAAGUCAGAGAAAAAGCACGACUUCGAACUCUAGUCUACAAGCAGAAAAUAGCAAACUUCUACAACAAACGAGUUCGACCCCGAACUUUCAAAGUAGGAGACCUUGUUCUCAGGAAAGCUGGUCUAACGGGGUUCAAAACUCGAUUCGAAAAAUUAGCACCAAACUGGGAAGGCCCCUACAUUGUAGCCGAAGUGCCGCACCCAAGUGCUUAUAUCCUACGGGACACCGAAGGCAAAAGGGUUCCUAGAGUUUGGAAUGUCAAUAACUUGAAGAAAUUUUACCCUUAAUACACCUCUUUCCAGUGAACUUUGUCUUAUUUUUAUAAUCAUCAUUAUUCCAUUUUUCUGCUCAAUGUAUAUACGAGCUCAAUUCAUUUACCUCCUUAAUGAAUCUCACUUCACAUU